CCAGCACAUGUUCCCGCUCCUCACCGCUCACAUCAUGCCUCCGUUUGACAAACUCCAGCUGCAGAACAAGCCGUUCAAACAGAGGAAGAGCUUCGCUAUAAGGAAACAAGAAGUGGCGGGGAUCAGGUCCAAGUUCCCCAACAAAAUCCCGGUGAUAAUCGAACGGUAUGAGCGGGAGAAGUAUCUGCCUCCGCUGGACAAGACCAAGUUCCUGGUGCCGCAUGAACUCACCAUGACUCAGUUCGUCACCAUCAUCAGGAACAGGAUGGCUCUGCUGCCCACUCAGGCCUUCUACCUGCUCAUCAACAACAGCGGUCUGGCCAGCAUGUCUCUGACCAUGGCCCAGGUCUACAAAGACCACCAGGACGAGGACGGCUUCCUCUACAUGACCUACGCCUCGCAGGAGAUGUUCGGACACUGACGGGAGGCCUCACUCCCCAGGUUUUAUUCGGUGUUGAAGUUGCUGAGCUCCAUGUCUGCUGUAAAUAGAAAAACAUUUUGUAUAUAUUGUAAUAUUUGUGGCACUUGUAUGGAUUUUAAUGAAAGU